AUAGGUUAAUUUGAAAAAUAGAAGCAGUAUUGAAUCAGAUUUGUUUAUAGAAAACAAAUAAGUGAGUAAUACAUCAACUAUUAUUGCCUUCCCAAUGGGUGACAGAAAGGGAGAAAGAAAAUAAAGUCAACAGCUUGAUCCCAGCCAACAUUCUUUGAAAAGAGAAGUAAUCUGGAACCUCUGACUACAGUGAAGAUCAGGAGAGACUUCUGACUAUCACUGACAUCCUACCCAGAAAAGACUAAGUGUCAAGUCUCCUGGCCAUGAAGGCAGCAGCAGAGCAGCUAAACGCAGGAUGCUGAAAACCCACAGGAAGCUUUUCCCAGGGACCCUAAAGAUGCUACCUAGCUAAAGAGAUAGCAGGCAUUCAGGACCUGAUGACUGAAGUAAUUGGUUCUGCUCACUUCCAUGCAAACCUUUCCUUGAACAUGAGCAGCGUGAGGGGGUAUCACACGUUCCUUGCCUUCUGCCUUAUUCUACUCAACUUUGGCAGCCUGAAAUGCCUUGUUUUAAGACAAGGGGACGAAAGGUAUGAAAGGCAACUGCAACUGGCAUCACCAGCAGGGAACAAUUUAACAGACACAAAUGCAUCAAAUCCGGAGGGUAACGUAAGCUCAUCCAUGAAUAUAGCCAGCACUUCUGCAUCUGAAAACCUUUAUGGAGCCCCAGUAGAUCCAUCCAGGAGGUCAUUAAACAGAGCCACAACUGUAAAAACAACCUUACCAACUAUUCUGCAUGUUCACAAUCCCUUGGAGCACUUGGAUACGGAUGCUUUUGCAAGCACAGAUCUGAAGAUUGCUGCAGAAAGCGAAAGGCAAAUCCGUCUCAAUGGACCCAAUGAAAAACUGGAUAAAUAUGGGACACAGGAAGCUUUAAUUGCCGCUGUUGUGACAAUUCCAGAUCUUCUUGUGGACGAUGAUACACUUAGCUCUGCAAGAGAAACAGUGGAGGGAGGUGGGGGAGAAAGAAAACUUGAUGGAGAUCAGUUUACAACGGGCAGUCUGGAGGAAGGUGCCCAUGUUGACCCUUCAGACAAUCCCCAGGUAACUAUCCCCAAAGUAAUAAUUAGUUUUCCUGCUACAACGUCAUCCAGCAACUUCUUCAAGAAUCCAUUUCUUCCAACCAGCCCACCAGUUGAUUUGACAAAAGGAUCUGAUGGAAACAGCUUCCCAACAAUCUGGAUGGGCACAGAUGCGGCUACAGAGCCAGGGUUGUUGCCUACAGAUGCCUCUUUAAAUUUGGAAGUGGAAAACUCAGAGAACCAAGGGCCCUUGAAAGGCAUCUUAAGCACCACCACCAUGGCCACUGCGGGCUUGCUGCUAAGUGAUGAGUGGGAUGAUACCAAAUUAGAGCCUUCCAGCCAGGCAAAAGCUAUGCAUCCUCUGAAGAUAAACCAGCCUCAGAUAGCGCAACCAACAGGACAGGAGGACGAUGAUGAUGAUGAUGUAAAAAAGGACCCGUCACCAAGAUUAAGGGUAACCACGACAAAAGGGAGCAAAGAUAAUCAGAAUGGGUCAGGCCAGAUACCCAUGCAGGUAGAGGAAUCAGCCAGUACAAGCUUGAAUCUUGAUCACACCAUUGAUCCAUCUGAGAAGGUUGGAGCCCAAUCUGAAAGUCCAGGGGAAAACGUAGAUCCAACAGUGCUCACCAGGUCUAGAUUGUUUCCUGAGACUAUAACGACAACCGAUGCAACCAAAUCAGACGUCUUCCAAACCUUAAGACACCAGUUAAGAGG